ACUAUGAGGGAAAAAAGGAAAGAGGGAGAAGACAGAUGAGGCUGGUAAUUUGCUGAUCUUUGAAACUGAAGCGAUGAGUCUACCUCUAAUAAUACUGCAGCGAGGGAGAGAUAGUUUCAUCUAGACACAUUCACGCAUACUCAUACAUGAUCAGAGAUGCAAAACUCCUGAGGAUACUGCAUUUGGAAAGGACUUCCACCUUAUCACACUAACAAAUAAGGAUUGACCUUCUUACUCUCGCCCUGAGAGAUACGCUCUCAUGAACAUGAAGACUGGAAAAAAAUCCUUCAUAGCUUUUAUUAAAGAAAGAAAGAUGGGCUUAAACGACUUCAUCCAGAAACUGAUGUCCAAUCCUCCCAUAUGUCCACAUACCGAGGUUGAUUCCUUCGUAAAAAAGGAUGAAAACCAGAACGAGGAACUUGAAGAGAAUCAUCUAUGUCUGACCAAUCCCAGGAGCUCCUUGGCGGAGGAAACUCAGAUCAAACCUUCAGAUUUUGACUACUUGAAGAUCAUUGGAAAGGGAAGCUUUGGAAAGGUCCUGCUUGCACGGCACAAAGAAAGUGAACAGUACUACGCCGUGAAGGUGCUACAGAAGAAAAUCAUUCUUAAAAAGAAAGAGCAAAAGCAUAUCAUGGCAGAAAGGAGCGUAUUGAUGAAGAACAUCAAACAUCCGUUUCUUGUCGGCCUGCACUUCUCCUUUCAAACCACAGACAAGCUUUACUUUGUAUUAGACUACGUCAAUGGAGGCGAGCUGUUCUACCACCUCCAGCGCGAGAGGGUGUUUCUAGAGCCCAGGGCACGAUUUUAUGCUGCUGAAAUUGCCAGCGCACUUGGUUACCUUCACUCCCUGCACAUAGUUUACAGAGAUCUAAAGCCGGAAAACAUCCUGUUGGAUUCUCAGGGCCACAUUGUACUCACAGAUUUCGGUCUAUGCAAAGAGGGACUGGAUCCCAACGCAACGACCACAACAUUUUGUGGAACCCCUGAGUACUUGGCACCAGAAGUACUUCAGAAGCAAGCCUAUGAUCGCACAGUAGACUGGUGGUGUUUGGGAUCAGUACUUUUCGAGAUGCUGUAUGGACUGCCUCCAUUCUAUAGUCGCAACACAGCCGAGAUGUACAACAACAUCCUUCACAAGCCUCUGGUGUUAAAGCCUAACGUUUCCAACGCCGGCCGUGACCUGCUGGAGGGUUUGCUACACAAGGACCGUACAAAGAGACUGGGAUCAAAAGAUGACUUUCUGGAACUGAAGUUUCACAGCUUCUUCUCGCCCAUCAACUGGGAAGAUCUCAUGAGCAAGAAGAUCACACCUCCUUUUAUUCCCUCAGUGAGUGGUCCUACUGAUCUACGGCAUUUUGAUCCCGAGUUCACCCACUUACCGGUGUCUACCUCCCUCUGCAACAACGACUACCUGCAUGUGACCAGCAGCGUACGUGAGGCAGCAGGUGCUUUUCCAGGUUUUUCCUAUGGUCCCCCGGCGGAUCACGCCUUUCAGUAACGCUUCCGACACGGACCCCGAACUCCCGGAGAGUCCAUUCCAGCCUCGACAGAUCCAAUAAUGACAGAUGGAGAUGUUGAGUCAGCCCAGAAGAGGGACUUCUUAGCUCUUCCAAUUUUUUCGACACACGUAACCUAGCAGCACAAGAGAAUCGGCAGGAUCCAGACACUGCACGUGCCCAGGAGUGUUGUGGGGCGUUAAAAAAUGACUAAUGACUAUGGGAACAGCAUCCUGAAAAGAUGCAAAAGAAAAGUGUGCCAAGGAACGGAUGCACAAGGCUGUGGACAAAUUACAAUGGUGCACAAUGUCACAUCGCCUUCUGUGAUCAUGUUUUUACAUUUGAUCAAAACGGUUCUUUUCAUGAUGUUUUAUUUACUUGUAUUUUCAUGCAUUAUUGCACAGUGGAGGUAAAGGAUGGAGGAAAGUACAAAAUAUAUAGAUGCUUUGAAAGGGGAUUAUUUUACACCUGUACAAGAGGAUACACAGGCUGCCCGACUCGGAUAUCAAUACAUUUUUAAUGAAUGCAUUUAUUAUCUUCUUCCUUCUGACAAAUGUUAAUUCAAUAACUUCAUUACUUAUCAUACUUUGGCUUGUCUAAGCAUUUUAGUUGUGCUCAAAACUAUGUGAAACUAGGUAUUAGAUUAGACUGAUUGAAGUACUUCUCCAAAGUGAUUGUCUAAAUGAGUAGACGACUCCACAUGUUCCUCCUAAAAGGAUUAUUGUGUCUUACUUGUACUUUCUAUCCUUUUCUCUCCCUUGCCAGCACUUUUACACAAUAUGCCAGAAUACACUGUUUUCUUUCAAAUGUAACUUGGAUACAUCAAACUGUUUUAUCGUACACUUAGCGAAAUGAAUGUAUGUUUUAUUUCACAGAUAACAAUUAUGUUAUCUGAAUUGUUCGGUAUCUGUAAUCAAAGCAUGUCUAUUAGAUUGUAUUGAGUCCAUAUGCAUCAUGUACAGAAGUUCUACAGUAGCACAGAAAGGACUGUGUCUUUAUUUGUUCAAAUUGUGCCUGCGGUUCAGCUAUGUUAUGUAUGUUGUCACAACGCGUGUCUACUAUUCCCGUCGGAAUUGGUUGGCCUGGAUGAGCCAAUGUUGUGCAAUAGAGAUAAACAAUUUUUCAUACUGUACUUUGUUGGGGCGAUUGACUGGUAUCACUUGAUGAAAUGAGGAUUUUGAAGCCCUCAUCCCCUUUGUCAAAUGUAAUAUAUUUAAUAUCAUUGGACCAAUAAUGUUCCUUACAUUAUUCUUUAAAUAACUACUAACAUGGCAAUACAGAUCAAGUUUAUUUUCUUCCAUUUUUGGAAGUUACUCGUAUAUUGUUUUAUAUUUUUCCAUGUAUAUUUAUUUACAUGUCACAGAUUGUACCUCUAAUGAGUAUUAAAUUCCUGCAAUGAUGAAAUGUUGGAGAGUUAUCUAUUUGAAUGCUAAAUAAAUAUGUCCGAAUAAAUCCA